GGUUGUUGUGUAAAACGUGAAUAACGCCUGCCGAGCCGUAUGAGGUAGGAAACUCUAAAGUACGGUUCUAAGGGAAUGAAUUAACCCACCCCGAUGGUCAAUCUGGGAUUCCCCGGUCAAAAACGGGUGCGGGUUUAGGUUCCCAACCCAUUGUGUGUGGGGUUUUUGCGAUCCCUACCUUCAGCCUUCUCUUUCGUUGGACUCCUUCAUCCUUCUCCACUGCUCCCUUUCUUCAACUUAGCCGGACCACCUAAAUAUCGGCGCCGCCGUCACACCAAACAAUCGUCGCCGCUGCUACCUUGUCGAACCAUCUCCUCAAUACAGGUGUUUUUUCCAGUUCUGUAAUCUACUAAAAUCUGAGUGCUACGGUUCCAUUGUUGCCUAAAUGUUGGCUUUUCUUGUUGAAAUCAGAAAUUAUUGCUAAAAUCAUAUAUUGAAUCUCGAAUCUUGGUUUGAAACGGUUUAAAUGUUUAGUUUGAAUAUAAUCGACGACUGCAUCAGAUGAGAUCCACAGACUGCAAAUGGCACUAUUUAGCAACUCUGCAAACUCAAACAAACACCUUUAUCAUCUCUUUCACCUACAACACUCUCGCACAUUUGUUGACGCUAGAGUUAAAUGGGUAAGAGAUACAUACCUUGAUCUUGCAGUUGAAAAAGAGAAAAACCUUCAACAAAUCAUCUCCCUCAAAAACCUAAUCCUCUCUCAACCCUCUAAAACCAUACCCCUUUCAUCUAUAUCUCUUCACAAAACACUUUUCAAACUCCCAACCACAGCCAUAAAUUUCUUCCAAAAAUACCCCUCUAUUUUCCAAAUCUUCCAAUCCUCCAAACCAUUCCCCCUUCCUCAAGUCAAACUCACCUCACAAGCUGUAACCAUUCACAAUGAAGAAUCCAAGAUCUUGAACUCUUCUCAUUACAAGAAAGAUGUAGCUGAAAGAUUAGCAAAACUUUUAAUGCUCACAAGAGCUAAAAAGCUUCCUUUAGAUAUUAUCGAUUUGUUAAGAUUCGAUCUUGGGUUACCUCAUGAUUUUAUCCUGACUUUACUUCCUGAAUUCCCUGAAUACUUUCAGAUUUGUAACAUGGGUGAUAAAAAUUCAAAGGGAAGUGAAAUGUUUGGUGUAGAAUUGGUUUCUUGGAGAGAGAAUCUUGCAAUGUCAGUGUUGGAGAAGAAAGUAAUGGAGGAAAACGGUGGGAUAAUUCCCAGAAUGCCCAUUAAGUUUUCGAUAAAUUUACCAAAAGGGUAUGAUUUGGAAAAGAAAGUAAGGAUAUGGGUGCAUGAAUGGCAGAAUUUGCCUUACAUAUCACCAUAUGAAGAUGCAUUCUUUUUGUCACCCAACAGUGAUCAAGCAGAGAAGUGGACAGUGGCUGUGUUACAUGAAUUGAUGAAUCUUUUUAUAUCAAAGAAAACAGAGAAAGAAAAUUUAUUGGUUUUAGGUGAUUAUUUGGGCUUUGGGAUAAGGUUUAAAAAGGCAUUAGUGCAUCAUCCAGGGAUCUUUUAUGUUUCAAAUAAGAUCAGGACACAAACUGUGGUAUUAAGGGAAGCUUAUAAGAAGGAUCUUUUGGUUGAGAGGCAUUUGUUAAUGGGCAUGAGAUAUCGAUACCUUCAUCUUAUGAAUCAAAUGGUGAAAUCAGAUAGAAGAUAUAGAAUUCGAGUUAAUAUGGGAAACUACAAAAUGCAAUGAAUAUGCAAUUGUAAAUAGGAUAUAUUUACAACUGAUCAAAUGUUUAUGCUCAAGAAAUCGAUUCAUGUAGAUGCAUCAGAAUCUCCAUGGUAGUAAUCAUCAACCAAAAAGCAUUGUUUAUGUUAAGUUUAGGCUUUUUGAAGUUGCUUCAACACCUUUCAAUUUAGGGUUCAAUGAAAGGGUUGAGUAAAAAGAUGACGGGGGAUGGAGGAGACAAGGGCGAAACUGUCAUCUUACUACUUAACUUAGAAGAAGACCCAAAGAUAGAAAGUUACAAAGCGUGCUGAAUUUGUCUAGAGCUACAAUUAUGUUAGGUUUCUUCUUUUGUAUCUUUGGAUUGAAUGUACAAAUAUUGUUUAUGCUACUUUAGCUCUAGAAUGUCAUAUUGUUAAUGAAGUUAGAGAUCUGAAAUUGAAACUACUCAAUCGAGCCUUUUGAAAUGA